AUGCGUCGAUUAAAUCCUCCAGUUCCCUACGUACCACAAGGUGAACUUCGUCAAAUGAUAUUAAAAAUUUAUCAUGAUACCGCAGCAAAUGGUGCUCAUUUCGGAAGAGAUAAAACCCUACACAAAAUUAAAACACGUUAUUUUUGGCCUUCUAUGUAUAAAGAUAUUGACAAUUAUAUAAAAUCAUGUAUUCUUUGUGCCCAAUAUAAUCCUCGUCGGCACAAAACUCCUGGUAAAUUACGACCAAUUGAACCUCCAGAUGGAGUAUGGCAAUUAGUAUCUAUGGAUUUUCAUGAUCCUAUUAACCCAACAUCUCGUCGGGGGAACAAAUAUAUUAUAUCUUUUACUGAUAUUUUAUCAAAAUUUAUGGUUACAAAAGCAGUACGUGAUAAUACUGCUCAAACAGCUGUUAAAUUUCUUAAAGAAGAUAUUAUCUCAAAAUUUGGUACACCUAAAUGUAUAUUAACGGACAAUGGUACACAUUUUACAUCAUCUAUGAUGAACGAAUUAAUAAAACAAAUUGGAUCAACACAUUUAUACUCAACACCAUAUCAUCAUCAAACUAAUGGACAAGUGGAAAGAUAUAAUUCAACAGUGGAUUCAAAAAUUGCAGCCUUAUCAAAUUUACGAAAAACCGAUUGGGAUGAUCAAUUACCAUUUGUAACAUUCAAUUACAAUACAUCAAUUCAUUCUUCGACCAAACAAAUCCCGUUUGAAAUGAUGUAUGGUCGAACACCUAUAUUACCAAUCGAUUAUCAAGAAGAUAAUGUUACAAUUUCAUAUGAUGAUGAACAUAUCAAGAAACUUAAUCAGUUCUUACAAAAAUUAAAUGAACAAGCCAAAAUUAAUAUUAUUAAAAAUCAAGAACGAUAUAAACAACGUUAUGAUACAAAUCGUUCUGAUCCAGCUUAUGAUAUUGGUGAUCUUGUUCUCAUUAAAACAAACAACACCCGUUACAAAUUUGACAUUCGUUAUGAAGGACCAUACAGAAUUACUAAAAAACUUACACCAAAAACAUUUAUUAUUCAACACAUCAAGAAACCAACUUUACAUCGUCAGGUUACAACUGAUGUGUUAUUACCAAUUUUUCAACGAAUUUAUUAA